AUGGAAAAGAACAAUACAACCUUAUGGACCGAAUUUAUUCUGCUGGGUUUUUUAAGCCAAACAAAAUCCCCUGCCACUGUUUUGAGCCUGCUGAUCUUUAUGUUCAUUAUGGUGCUGUCUGGAAAUUGUCUCCUUCUCUAUCUGAUCCAGGUGGACUCUGGCCUUCACUCCCCAAUGUAUUUUUUUCUUAGUCAAUUGUCCUUCAUGGAUCUCUGCCAAACCCUCACCAUUGGCCCCAAACUAACUACAGACUUUUUAAGGAAGAAGAAUGGGAUUUCUCUAUCAGGAUGUACAGUUCAAAUAUAUUUUAUAGUGACAAUGGCUCUUGCAGAAUACUUCCUCCUUGCUGCGAUGUCCUAUGAUAGAUAUCUGGCGAUAUGCAAGCCUUUGCAAUAUCCGAUCCUUAUGAGGAGGACUAUCUGCUUGUCCCUGACAGCGGUGGUUUGGGGUAGUGCCACCCUGCAUGCCUUGGUGCCUAGUGUUUAUGUGUCGCUGCAGCCUUAUUGUGGCUCAAAUGUGAUCCAUCAUAUCUACUGCGACUUUCCAUCCAUGCUGAAGUUGUCCUGUUCUGAUACUUCUGUCUUUGAAAGACUAGCAAUCUUAAUAAGCAUUGAGGUGCUUCUUCCUCCUUUAUCAACCAUUCUGGUUUCAUACAUUUGCAUCCUUGUUACGGUCCUGAGGUCAGCUGGAAGAAGCCACAAAGCUCUUGGCACUUGCUUUUCCCACUUGGCAGUGGUAGGACUGUUCUAUGGCGCUGCCAUGUUCAAGUAUAUGCGACCCAUGUCUUAUCGGUCGCCAUUCCAAGAUGAUAUUGUCUCAUUGUUAUGCACCAUUGUCACUCCCAUGCUGAACCCGCUCAUCUACAGCUUGAGGAAUCAGGAUGUUUUAGAAGCACUAAAAAAAUUAUUCAGGAAAAGCUAUCAUUAA